UUUGCUGUUGUCAGGAGCAACAUUAUCUGUGAUAACAAACAUAUGCUUGUUGGACUUUCUGAUGGAUCAUUGUAUAAUAUAUCAUGGAAGGGAGAGUUCUGUGGGGUUGUUGAUCUUGACAUUCCAUUCUCUGAUGGAAGUGGAGCUGAUAAAUUGUCUCAUUCUUUGGACAAUGGUCUUCCUUCUAAUGGAGCACGAGGUGUUUCUCUGCCCAUGAAUUAUAUGAGGAAGAAGUCUGCUAUUGUGCACAUGGAGUUUUCCUUCUCACUGAGGUUACUGUUUUUGCUCUUUUGUGAUGGACAACUUGUGUCAUGUUCUGUAAGUAAGAAAGGAUUAAAGCAAGCUGAUUUAAUUAAAGUCGAAAAGAAGCUGGCAUCUGGUGAUGCUGUAUGUGCCUCAGUUGCUUCAGAGCAACAAAUUCUUGCUGUGGGUACAAAAAGGGGAGUUGUUGAGUUGUAUGACCUCACAGAUUCUGCUUCCCUUAUUCGUGCUGUUUCUUUAUAUGACUGGGGAUAUUGCGCAGAUGAUACUGGACCUGUCAGCUGUAUUGCCUGGACUCCUGAUAAUUCUGCUUUUGCAGUUGGGUGGAAAUUAAGAGGGCUUACAGUUUGGUCUGUUUCUGGAUGUCGGUUGAUGUCAACAAUUCGUCAAAUUGGUUUGAGCUCAGUGUCUUCUCCAGUUAUUAAGCCAAACCAGGAUUGUAAAUAUGAGCCUAUGAUUGGUGGCACCUCACAAAUGCACUGGGAUGAGUAUGGAUAUCGGCUUUAUGCUAUUGAGGAAAGAUCUUCAGAAAGAAUUAUCGCAUUUCCUUUUGGCAAAUGUUGUCUGACAACUGUCCAAGUUAUUUAUGGGGAAGAUCGGCUGCUUAUUGUCCAGUCUGAAGAUACUGACGAACUUAAAAUCCUUCAUCUUAAACUUCCAGUUAUGUGUUCUUAUAUGGCGCAAAAUUGGCCUCUUUUACAUGUGGCUGCUAGCAAGGAUGGGAUGUACUUAGCAGUUGCUGGACUUCAUGGGUUAAUUUUAUAUGACAUAUAACGACUAAAGCGGUGGCGAGUGUUUGGAGAUAUUACUCAGGAACAGAAGAUCCAGUGCAGAGGCUUGUUAUGGCUAGGGAAAAUUGUUGUGGUCUGCAACUACACAGAUUCUCCAACACGUAAAUAUGAAUUGCUUUUCUACCCAAGAUAUCACCUUGAUCAAAGUUCGUUACUUUGUCGGAAGCCAUUGCUUGCAAAGCCAAUGGUCAUGGAUGUCUACCAAGAUUAUCUACUUGUUACCUAUCGCCCCUUUGAUGUCCAUAUAUACCAUGUUAACCUGUCUGGAGAGUUGACACCUUCUAGUACCCCAGAUUUACAGCUUUCUACAGUACGUGAACUCUCAAUUAUGACUGCAAAGAGGCCAUCCUGCUGGCAAUGCGUUUUUAUCCCAGAUCAACAUCCUAUAGAUUAUGUUUUGAGGAAGGAUUCCUCUUCAUCAGACCACUUGGCCAGAGAACCUGCUAGAUGCUUGAUAUUGAGAACAAAUGGCGAGCUUUCCUUGCUCGAUUUGGAUGAAGGGCGGGAAAGAGAACUCACUGACUCUGUGGAGUUGUUUUGGGUUACCUGUGGUCAGUCAGAGGAGAAAACAAAUUUAAUUGAAGAAGUUUCAUGGUUAGAUUAUGGCCACCGUGGAAUGCAGGUUUGGUAUCCUUCUCCUGGUGUGGACCCUUUUAAGCAGGAAGAUUUUUUGCAGUUGGACCCAGAGUUGGAAUUUGACCGUGAGGUAUAUCCUCUUGGUCUACUUCCCAAUGCUGGAGUUGUAGUUGGUGUAUCCCAGAGAAUGUCUUUUUCAGUGCACGAGUUCCCAUGUUUUGAACCAUCUCCUCAAGCUCAAACCAUUUUGCAUUGCCUACUUCGGCAUCUUCUUCAGAGGAACAAGAGUGAAGAAGCUUUACGUUUGGCGCAAUUGUCAGCAGAGAAGCCACAUUUUUCUCAUUGCCUUGAAUGGCUUCUUUUUACAGUAUUUGAUGCGGAAAUAUCCAGGCAAGCCAGCAAAAACCACACACCUGUUCCUAAUCAUGCUUCUACCUCCUCUCUUUUGGAGAAGACCUGCGAUCUCAUAAAGAACUUUCCAGAAUAUUUUGAUGUGGUUGUUAGUGUUGCUAGAAAAACUGAUGGCCGACAUUGGGCAGAUUUAUUCUCAGCUGCUGGGAGAUCACAGAGUAUGUUAUUUGAGGAAUGCUUUCAGCGCAGAUGGUAUCGUACUGCAGCUUGCUAUAUUCUUGUUAUCGCUAAACUUGAAGGUCCUGCUGUCAGCCAGUACUGUGCGUUGCGUCUAUUGCAGGCAACACUCGAUGAAUCUUUGUACGAACUUGCUGGGGAGCUGGUUAGGUUUCUCCUUAGAUCAGGGAGGGAAUAUGAACCUGCUACGGGUACAGAGAAACUCUCGCCUAGAUUCUUGGGUUACUUCCUUUUCCCAUCUAGUCAACGGCGGCAGCAUUUGGAGUCAAAGAGCUCAUUUAAAGAGCAGAGUGCUCAUGUUGCUUCUGUUAAGAACAUUUUAGAAAGCCAUGCUAGCUACCUAAUGUCUGGGAAAGAGCUUUCAAAGCUUGUUGCAUUCAUCAAAGGCACACAGUUUGACCUAGUGGAAUUUCUUCAACGAGAAAGAUACGGGUGUGCUCGCUUAGAAAAUUUUGCUUCAGGGCUUGAAUUAAUUGGGCAGAAGCUUCAAAUGGGAACAUUACAGAGCCGGUUGGAUGCAGAAUUCCUUUUGGCACAUAUGUGCUCCGUAAAGUUCAAAGAGUGGAUUGUAGUCUUGGCUACACUUUUGAGGCGAUCCGAGGUUCUCUUUGAUUUGUUCCGCCAUGAUCUGCGGUUGUGGAAAGCUUAUAGCAUAACCCUACAGUCGCAUCCUGUAUUUUCUGAAUACCAUGAUUUGGUUGAAGCCUUGGAAGAAAGGCUUUCAUCUGGUUCAUAUUCUUCUAGUACAACUUCAGAUGAGAAAUGAGCUCUUUGGAUGCUUCGAAACCUUUUGCAACUGGUCAACCAUGUUGCUUCAAAUGAUGCAAGUGCAUGUGGCACUGCCUUCGAGUAAAACCUUGUUGGCCAGAAAGUGACUGCCACCACCUACAAAUGAAAUGCCUUGUAUCGUGCUAUUGAGCUGUGUAAUGAGCAUCGUCAUGGUGAUGGAAUGAGACUGCGUCUCUCGAAAGUCAUUGUAAGUUUUACUUGUAAAUAAGCGAUACCAGGGUAGUAAAUUAGCUCUUAGCAUUUUCCUUUCUUCAGAGCUUGUAUCAUUCUUCCCUGUGCUGGCUUUUGUGGCUUUCUAUUUUUUGAGGUUUUGAAGGGGGGUGGAAGGGGGGGGGCGGUGCGGGGGUUCUGCGGCAACCAUUUUGGGUAAAGAGAGACAGAGAGUGGUUGUUUUGUAGGGGGAAACUGAUUGCUGAAUAAUUAUGAUAUGAUGAUUUUUCAAUACAUUUUGAUUUCGUGCCAUACCACGCUUUA